AAGUGCUCACGUUUGUUCUUUCUCUUAAAGGUAAAAAAACUUUGGUCAGGUCUUGAAUUGUGACCUAAAUUCAAAUUGCAAAAUAAGCUUACUGCCACCUUUUUAAAAUCUAGUGACAGUUAAAAUAUUUCUCUCUGCCACCAAUACAAAUGUGUCCAUACCUUUAUGUUUAGGGAGGAGUACUGUAAAAGAGACAGAUGCUUAUCAUCAGAGGGUAAAACCUGCAGAGCUCUGCUGCUGGUGUUACCUCACCAAACACUUCCCCUUCAGUUCUCAGAAAACAACACUAAGCUGCAUGAGGAACCAACAAACCACUAACAUUUUUAAUGAAGAGGGGUUUGGUCAAAAGACAGAGCAACAGAUUCUCUCCACAUCAUCUGUGGGGCUGAGAACUCGUCUGAAAACUCAUCAGUGGCUCAAGUACUUUAUAUCCACACUGAACCACAUCUGGCUUUUUGGCUGUUUAGAUAUCGUCAAGAAAUUAAAAAGAUGAAAAGUUGAUCUGUGAAUUUAGCAGCUGAAAGAAGGAUAAAAAGAAGAUUCAGUCACUAUAAGGAAGUCACAGUUUACUCAGAACAGGAAGUAAAUGCUGUAUCUCUCCUAAAGAAGUCAGAAACGUUGACAGUCGAGGGCGAGAGAACAAGAGAGAGAGACGGAGAGGAACGAUGGCUGAAUUCAGACGGAUUCAAAUAACUUUAUUUGUGAUUCUGUUGCUUCAGUUUACAGCAGUAGCUGGACUAAACCCCCUCUCCUUCACUGUCAGAGCUGGAGAUGAAGUCACUCUGCCUUGUGAAAAUGGGAUAAUUCAGGACAACUGUGACCAAACUACUUGGCUUUUUAGUCGUAAUGGGGAAGCAGUAGUAGAGCUGAUAGAGCUUGCGCAGAUUAAAGAUGGGAUACCCAAAGCUAAAUCAGACAGACUGAGUCUUAUAAAGAAAUGUUCUCUGGUUAUAAAGAAUGUCCCAGAGGAGGAUGUUGGUCGUUACACCUGCAGACAGUUCAACAAAUCAGGAGAACCACAACAAGGUCCAGAUGCUGUGGUUCAUCUGUCUGUUGUCAACAUGGAAGAACAGAAGAACACUGAUGAUAAUGUCACCUUGUUCUGCUCUGUGUUGACAUAUUCUGAGUGUGACCACUCAGUGAAGUGGCUGUAUGAGGGUGAUGAGAAUGACGUGGAGAUAACACCUCAUACCUGUUCAGCCAGUGUGUCAUUUCCUCCUCAUCUUCAUCAGAAGUUACUGAAGUGUAACGUGACAGAUAAGAAGAAUGGAAACACUCUGCUGUGUAAUGUCGGCCCCCAGUCCUCUUGUAAGAAAACAGGUUGGUUGUUGUACAUCAUUGUGGCUGUGGGAGUAACAGCACUCUUAGCAGCAAUCAUCAUCGUGGUAGUCAUCAGACGGAAGAAAACUAAAAGGAACAACACGCAGACGAAUGAAAACAUUGGACUGAGCUUGAACCCUGCAGAGACUCAGUCUGCUCCAGAAACCAGUCAGGACAUGGCUGAUCCUGAAGGUGGUGUUUUCUACGCCUCCAUCAGCCACACCAAGAAGACCAGCAGUAGAGCUCAGGCUCGGGGUAAAGAUGCUGAUGCUGAUGAUGAGGCAGUGACCUACAGCACCGUGAAAGCUCCUCCUUCUGCUGCUGCUGCAGCCUCUGCUGAUGUCAGCAACCUCUACGCCACCAUCAACAAACCACACCAAUAAGACAGCACGGUGUAGUUACAGCUCAUAGCAUUACAGGUAUUUACAUUGAUAGUUAAUAAAAAGACCAAGUCUGUUUUUAUUCCGUGAGUGCCUUUUACUAGAAUUCACUCAUACUGUGUUACUGUAUGAAGCCAUUCAGCAACAUUGUUUCUGCAGUAGAAAUCCUUGUGAUCAUUUAAUAUUUAUUCAUAUUUUUGUACAUAACCCUUUUACCAGAUUAAUAGCAGUGUUAUUGAUGCAUGAAGGAAAAGACAAAACCUUGUAGCUAAACUUCAUCUGGUUGUUGACAAGAUUAACAUGAUUCUAUAUGAUGAAGGACUGGGUUAGGUUGUUUUACAUGAUGUUUGAAAAUGUAUUGGUAUCAAUAUAAAAACAAGCCCACUGGAAUAAUACAGUGGUAGUUUUUCAUUUCAGGUCUUACAUGAGCAUAUGAUCACGUUUUCUUUUUGUUACAAAUAUUUCUAUGAUCAUUUCAAUGUUUAUUGCUGUAAAAUGCCUUUCUGUCCAGAAGUGGGUGUAGUAGAUUAACUAGUAACACAAUGUGAAACGUAGAUGUAAGAACCUGA